CUAAUAUAAAUAAAAUAUAGAAUAUUAAACAAAAUAAUCAAAUCAAAACAUUGAUUCAACACGAUUUAAAUAUGUGAAAAUUUGACAAAGUUGUUAAUUAUUUAAAAUUUAUCAAAUUAAGCAAAUCCAGCAAAAUUACACAAUUUAUGUAAAGAAAUUUUGUGACGAAAUUAAUUAAAACGACUAGAGAUAGCAUUUAUGUAAAGGAAAAUUUUUAAGCCACCCGCUUCGUACAUAUUUUUUAUUAAAUUUUUUUCUGGUUGUAUCUAAGUGUCUUUCGGGUUUUAUUUUGUUUAUUUGUUUCAAGAAUCAAAUGGAGCUCGAGUUCGAAAACACAAGCAAUUAAUUGGAAUCUCGUUUAAGCCGCCAAGCUGAGUUAGAAAAUUGCGGCCAAGUUGUCUCUUCCCCCCCAAAACUGUCAUUGUCUUUGGCAUUGGGUAACAUUUUAAUUGAAAAAGUUUUUGCCAGCAGCUUGCACACACUUGCAGUGAGAUGACUGUGAAAUUGGCCAAGCUGUUUGGCGGCAUGGCAGCGGGCAAUGGCACUGGUUCCAUGGGGGAUUCCCUGGACAAUGUUGGCAGUCACCAGCAGCAACAGCAACAGCAGCAGCAACAGCAACAGCAACAGCAGCAGCAACACCUGCAACAACACCAAAACUUUCAGCAGCAGCAGCAACAUGCCUCACAGCAGCAGCAGCAGCCACCGCCUUUGCCACCGCCGAAUGCAAACAUGAAAACCCUAAAGUACUAUGAACAUCUGCAGGACACUUACGACUGUCAUGAUCUAAUGCUUGGCCAGGAUCAGGAUCACGAUGACUACGAGGAUAACAUGUCGUUGAGCUCGGCCUGCAUGCAGCGUAAUCAUCCCUACAAUAAUUCACAGAGACCACUGCUAGGAGAUCGACGUCCCCAACUCACUGUGAUGAGUGUUGGGAAAAAGAACAAAUCCAAUGGAGCAGCUAAUAUCCAUCACCAGCAAUCCCUGCCCCUGCCACCCUUGCCACCGGCAAGGAGCUACAUUUCACCGUAUGUGCAACAACAGAAGCGGGAUAGUGCCAAGGGAUUGCAUGGAUUCAAUGAUUUUGAUGCCUUGUCGCAGCAAUAUAAUCAGCAUUUGCAGAGUCCUCACAUUGGUUAUCCCUAUGGAAGUCCACCAUCGCCGACAGCUCAGUCCCGGGACUUUUGUUUCGAUCGACAGAUGACAACGGGUACCGGUCAAGGCAUCAUCUCGAGCAGCAGUUCCAGCAAUUGCAGCAGCUCUCACACCACAUCUACAUCCUCACCCACCAGAUAUUAUCCAGAUUCGCGUUUCGAGGAUGACUUUUGUAUGCGUCGUCCUGCGGGUAAUUCACCGCCGCCAUCGUUGCCACCUCAGGCAUGUGGUGGUAGUAAUGGAGGUCCCUUUAUUUUCGGGAUUGCACCGGAGCAACAGGCCACGGAUUAUGGAUGCAAUCCGUUGCCACCAACGCCCCCGCAGCAGCAAAAGCAUCAAACUGUGAUAAGCCGAAGUCCUUUGCAACAAUCCCUGAGUGACACAAGUGCAGCCAGCAGUGGCAAAGGAUCUAAAUUCUUAUUGCGCAAACGUAAAUCAAAGAAAACAAAUGCAGCAAAUUCAACAGCAGCUGAAGUGGCAACAAACACCAAAAAAGGUGUCAAAAAGACUGGCAGCACACCAUCUCAACCCUCGAUCAAGUGCGUCCUAGUGGGCGAUGGAGCCGUGGGCAAGACGAAUUUGAUCCUUUCAUAUUUGGAGAAUCGCUUCAAUCCCGAGCACAUACCAACGGCCUCAGACAUUUAUAAUGCCGAUGUCAAUGUGAACGAGAGUCCUGUGCAUUUGACGCUCUGUGAUACCGCCGGCCAGGACACACUGGAUCCUUUGAGGGAACUCUGUUAUCCCGAUAGCGAUGUCUUUCUGCUUUGCUUUUCGGUGGUGAAACCGGAAACAUUUCGAGCCAUCAAAGCAAAAUGGGCUCCCAAAUUUGCCAAAACCAAGGCCGCUUUGAUUUGUGGGACACAGGCCGAUCUUCGCACCAAUUCGAAUGUUCUUAAUAAACUUCAGACAAAUGGCGAGAAAGCAAUUUCAUAUGCAGACGCCUGGGAUUUGGCAACAACAAUUGGCGCAAAAUACAUUGAGACUUCGUCAGCCACACAGGACAAAGUCAAGGAUGUGUUCGACACAGCCAUUUGGGAGGACUUUGCCACCACCCUGCCGCCCACGCCCUCCUUUUGGCGGAAACUCUUUUGCCUGGCCUGAGGAAACACGAUUCUUUAUUAUAAUAU